AUGGCAGGAGGUCCCCCUAGCAUAAAGGAGGAGAUAGAAAUGUCCAUGGCUGAAGACCUGGUUCCUGGAAACCAUGGGAAAAGUCAAGAACACCUGGUGAUAGCAGAAAUAAUAGAGCAUGGACCCUGGUCCCUGGGUAUCUCUCAGCGGCGACAGAAGUUGGAUUCAAAGGCUGCUGGCUCUGCUGCAGGCCAACAAGUUUGGAAUAUGACUGCCACCCGGCCCAAGAAAGUGGGUACUCAGCUGCCGAUAUCUAGAAUGUCAAGAGAACCAGGCCAAGGGGAUAUUCAUACCCAGGAGUAUUCUGGCAGCUUCCAAGGCAUGAGAUUCCAUUAUGAGAGCAACUCAGAGGCAGAUAUGAUUGCAGAGAUUGGCCUGGAAGAGCUAAAUGGACUGGAGAUGGAAGUCAUGAGAAACCAGCUACGUGUGAUCAAUGAUCGUCUGUGUACCCUGGAGGACCAGGAAGCCACCAGAUGCCAGAGGGAAGUUAUGUUCUUCACCAUGCUGCUGUCGGUCUGCAUUGCCAACCUGUGGCUGUGGGUGCGCCAGUGA